AAAAAAGAAAAAUAGUAUAAGUAAUUAAGAAGAAAUCCAUACAAGAAAAAAAAAAAAGGAAAGUGCAGAGGUAGUUUCACGUGCCCAAAGGCAAAGCUAUGUGUACACUGUUUUGAAUUGAAUCGUAACUGUAAACGACAAGCUGUAGCGUUGUCCCUUACCGAUACCAUCAUAUUUUGGCGCUCUGUUUUUUCUUCUUCUUCCUCUUAUUUUUCUUUUUUUAAUAAUAAUAACAAUGGUUUUGUUUUCUAGUUUCUCAAGAAAAUAGUUUCCUUACAUAUUAUAGUUUCCCUAUCUCUCUUUCUUUACUUAUAUUCUUUUCUUUUUCAUUAGUUUUUCUGAACUAUUAUUGUAUUAGAAGAUAUGGGGCUUCUAAGCAGUUUCUUGGAACUUCUUGGUUUUGUAAUUGGACUCUGCAGUGGACUCUUGUUGGGUUUUAUUCUUUUCAUUUACAGAGACUCCAAUGAUAUAAAGGAUCCAAUUAUGAAGCCACUAAAUGAGCUAGACACAAGUUCUUUAGAAGAAAUCAUGAAUGAAAUUCCAUUGUGGAUGAAAACCCCGGAUAAUGAUCGAGUAGACUGGUUAAACAAGUUCAUCUUGGAAAUGUGGCCUUACCUCAAUAAGGGAAUUUGUGGCACUAUAAGAAGAAUGGCAGAACCUAUAUUCAAACAGUACAUUGGAAAGUUUCACAUAGAAGCAAUCGAGUUCGAGAGUUUAAGUCUUGGUACCCUUCCACUCAAACUUUAUGGUAUGAAAGUGUGUAAAACUAAUGAGAAAGAACUAGUCAUGGAACCUGCAUUGAGAUGGGCUGGAAAUCCUAACAUUAGUUUUACAAUAAAGUUGUUAUCUCUAAGACUUAAAAUUCAGCUGGUGGAUUUGCAAAUAUUUGCUGCACCGCGGAUAACUUUGAAGCCUUUGGUUCCCACCUUUCCUUGUUUCGCUAAUGUUGUGAUCUCAUUGAUGGAGAAGCCUCAUGUAGAUUUUGGCUUGAAAAUAUUGGGAGGGGAUAUCAUGUCAAUACCUGGCCUCUAUCAUUUUAUUCAGGAUACUAUUAAGAAACAAGUUGCAACCCUCUACCUAUGGCCUCAAACUCUUGUAAUACCUAUUCUUGAUGCUUCCUCAGUGGCUGUACAGAGGCCUGUGGGAAUCCUACAUGUGACGGUUGUUCGGGCAAUGAAGCUUUUGAAAAUGGACAUUUUGGGUACUUCUGAUCCUUAUGUUAAACUCAGCUUUAGUGGAGAAAGGCUUUCCGAAAAGAAAACUACUGUGAAGAUGAAAAAUUUGAACCCUGUGUGGAAUGAAAAGUUCAGGUUUAUUGUUAAGGAUCCACAACUUCAAGCUCUAGAGUUACAAGUAUAUGAUUGGGACAAGGUUGGUGGACAUGACAGGCUAGGAAUGCAGUUAAUUCCAUUGAGUCUUGUAAGGCCUAAUGAGACAAAGAGAUUCACAUUAGAUUUAGUGAAGAAUACAAAUGUGAACGAUCCUCAGAACAAGAAGCAAAGAGGCCAGCUUGUGGUGGAGCUUACCUAUGUUCCUUUUAGAACAAAUAGCAUCACAAUUAGUGACAAUGGAGAUGAAUCUAAUGAAAACAUGAGAAAUAGGAAAAAGAGUAGACUGAAUGAAGGGUCAUAUGGUAGAGCAGGUUUACUAUUGGUAACUAUACAAGGAGCUGAGGAUGUAGAGGGUGAGCAUCACAAUAAUCCAUAUGCUUUGAUUCACUUUAAAGGCGAAAAACGAAAAACAAAGAUGAUGAAGAAAACUCACAACCCCACUUGGGGUGAAGAAUUCCAAUUCAUGCUUGAAGAGCCUCCCUUAGAUGAUAAGAUCCACAUUGAGGUGUUGAGCAAAAGAACAGGCCUUCAAUUUCGAUCAAAGGAAUCGUUGGGGUACGUGGAAAUUAAUCUUAGUGAUGUUCUUCACAAUGAGAGGAUCAACAACAAGUACCACUUGAACGAUUCCAAAAAUGGGAAAAUACAUGUGGAACUAAGUUGGAUAACGGCUUAAAUGAUGUUAGGGAAUUUACUCUACACUAAUUAAUAAUAACUCUAUAAGAAAAAUUGAAUAGGGCUUUUGUUAGCUGAUUCAUUGCUCUUAA